GGCCGGGGGCAAUUGACGUGGGGUGACGCGACCCACGUGACAGUCCGAAAAUAGGCUGCGCGCGUCGACGCGGGGGCAUCCAUCGUGCCCGGCAGUGCACCAAUCUGAUCGUCGCCAGCACCCCGUCCCAGUCUUCCUCUCGCACUUCCCCCAGCUCUUCACUUCGUCACUCAUAUUUAGAUCCCCCGCGCGACGCCAUGGCCGCCACCAUCCCCGUCCCCCACUUCAACACCAAGCCCUCACUCUCUCUCAAGAAAGCCGACGACGCCAUGAAGCACAUGCACCACGAAAGCCAGUCUGAGGCUCACAGGAUCUUCCGUGAGUCUGCCGGACAUGGCCCCAGAGGUCUUCUGCCCCAGACUGUCAACCCGGAUGAGGAGACCGUGCCUGGUAUCCAGCACCCGGGCAGCACCGGUGUGAUCUACUGUUCCGAUCGCGCGAUGGCGAACGGGUUCAACUACGCCUCCUCGCACGAGUGGUCCAACCUCGGCCAGGGUGCGCCCGAGGCGGGCCCCAUCCCCGACGCGCCCCCAAGGCCGACGUCUAUCAACGUCCCCGUUGACUCGCUCGAGUACGCGCCCACCACGGGUGUCAAGGAGCUCCGCGAGGCGGUAGCAAAACUCUACAACCAUACGUACCGCGAGGGCAAGGAGAGCCAAUAUACGUAUGAGAACGUGUGCAUCGUCCCCGGCGGGCGCGCCGGCUUGUCGCGUGUCGCGGCGGUCAUCGGCGAUGUCUACACGUCGUACCAAGUCCCCGACUACACCGCGUACGACCAGGUCCUCAGCGCGUUCAGGCGGCUCGUGCCUGUCCCUACUACUUUGGAGGAAGAGGACCACUACCACUUCAACAUUGAGCAGACGCGCAAGGACAUCCGGAGCCAGGGUCUGCAGGUCAUUAUCGCCUCAAACCCGCGCAACCCGACGGGCCAGGUCAUCCGAGAUGGCGAACUGCAUGCCCUUGUCGACCUCGCGCGCGAGACGAGCACGACGCUCAUCUUGGAUGAGUUCUACUCGUGGUAUAUCUACCCGGAGAACGAUCAGGACUAUGGCAAGUCUGUGUCGAGCGCGGAGUUCAUUGAGGAUGUGAACCAAGACCCCGUCGUCAUCAUUGACGGUCUCACCAAGAACUGGCGUCUCCCAGGCUGGCGCAUCUGCUGGGUCGUUGGGCCCAAAAACCUGGUCACCGCGCUCUCCCAAUCCGGCUCCUUCCUCGACGGCGGUGCGAACCACCCGCUGCAGCUCGCCGCGAUCCCCCUGCUCGACCCCGAGCGCGUGAAGCAGGAGAAGCUCUCGCUGCAGCGGCACUUCAAGGCGAAGCGCGACCACGUGCUCGCGCGGCUGAAGGCGAUGGGGCUCAAGGUCCGCGUGCCGCCGCAAGCGACGUUCUACGUGUGGCUCGACCUCGAGGGCCUGCCCGCGCCGAUCAACAACGGGUUGACGUUCUUCGAGGAGCUGCUCAAGGAGAAGACGAUCGUGAUCCCGGGCAUCUUCUUUGAUAUUAACCCGUCCCACCGGAGGAACCUGUUCAACUCGCCGUGCCACCACUUUGUGCGGCUGUCUUUCGGCCCGCCGCUCGAGGACCUCGAUAAGGGUCUGCAAGCGAUGGAGCACGUGCUGCAGAAGGCACGGGGCGAGGGCAGACGCCACUUCGGGCAUGGGUACAAGAAGAGUAUCGACUCGCCCACCUCUCUCGCGACGUUUGUCUGAGCGGUUGUGUGUUCUCUUGCAGGGCUGUUCUACGAACACUCGUUCUUGGACGGUCUCUGCUGCGUGUCGGAGUGGGGUGUGGAGAUGUGAGGC